AGCCGACUCUGUUCAAUGUGUUUUGGUGACAACAGGUGUUUUUUAAAUCGUGUAUAUGUUUAACCGAGUGUAAUUGUGUAGUGUCUGAUGAAUUUUGAGUGAAAUGGGUUCAAGAAUGGGCGGUUUAGGAACCGGACUACCAGCAGACAAGGCUCUUGCAGGGGUGCCUCGUCUGCUGGACGACCUUCAACGUCUUUCAGAAGACACGGAUUCGGCAGACAUUGCUUUCAUUUUAGGAAGGGACGAGGAAAGAGUGUUGGCACAUAGGGUUAUUUUAAUGGCGAGAUGCAGAAGUUUCCAAACCGCUAAACGUGGUGAAAUAUGCAGGAUACCAGGAUGUACGGUUUCCCCAGCUGCCCCUGGGACCCCAACACCCAUUAGACUGCCCCAAUCGGCACCAGAAACCUUUAAACAGUUCCUCCUUUACGUGUAUACCGGAAAGAUUCUUCUGCAAGACAAUGGGAUCUUUGAAAUGAUGGCUCUUGCUCAAGAAUUAGGCGUAGAUGAGCUUAGAAACGCUUGUGAAGAUCACGUGACUUCAACUUUGUCCGUGCCGUCCGCCUGCACGUUUUUGUCCUCAGCUAUGGAUAUACACGACAAAUCUCCAGGUGGUAAAGCUGCCACAGGCUUCGUAGAAAGAUGCGUCAGCUUUAUUGGAGAAAAUGCUGUGGAAUGUGUUCGUACAAAUUCAUUUCUGAGUCUUCCUAAAGAAGCUGUAAUCAAAGUGAUCUCCUCAGACUAUUUAUGUUUGGAAGAAGAAGAUGUAUGGAGAGCAGUUCUUAAUUGGGCUAAAUAUCAAGCGGGUGUAACACAACCUACACCACAUUGGACUGAAGAAGAACGAGCCAGGGUUUGCCAACAUUUAUCUCUAGUUAUAAAUCACGUUCGACUUUUACUGAUAGACAGCCAAGUUUUUGCUGAAGAAGUAGAACCCACAGGCGCUGUACCGAUGGAACUCAGUCUGGAAAGGUACCGACAUGCAGCGUUGCCCAGCAAAUAUCCAGAAGCUUCAGAGGAUCAACGUCUUAAACCCAGGAUUUCCCCACACAUGUUUCCUGGAUCGCUGAUUUUAGGACAGGACAAAAGCCACUUUCAGAGGAUCUUAAACGCUUGGUUCGGCAACAAUAAGCAGAAUUGGAGAUUGGUUUAUAGAUCGAGCAGUCAUGGAUAUUCUGCAUCGUCAUUUCAUAGGCACUGUGAUGGUGUUUCACCUACUUAUGUAAUAGUUAUGGGAACAAGAGGCGAGAUAUGCGGUGGAUUCAGCGAUGCUGCUUGGGGUAGGCCUCCAGGAAAAAGCCACUACGUACAUUCGGAACGUGCUUUUAUAUUCACGCUCUAUAACCAUCAAGAUAUACCGCCCACACAGUUUCAUUUAGUCAAGAAACCGUUCGCGAUUUGCUAUCAUCCUGAAUCUGGGCCAAUUUUCGGGGCCGGUGCGGAUCUGCUAAUUUCAAGCAAUUGCAAUUCCAACAUGGACAGUUAUUCGAAUUUACCGCACACUUACGAUGGAGACGGGGCUUCUCCGUCAGUCUUGAUGGGCGAUUACAAUUUUAUGGUGGCCGAUUACGAAGUAUUUACUCCUCUCAAUACGGGCUCGAAAAUCAACAAAUCAGAACGGUAUCAAUAAAUGUACGAAUAGUAAAGCUUUUUUUAUUAAUUAUCUGCGUUUUUAUUUUUGGUAGUUUGAUUUUUUU